UACCAACUUCCCUCCCCGUUCGCUCGUGCAGUCGUGUAGCGCUCGCUCCCUUUGCUUUUACCCCGGUUGGACUCCUUCGCGUUGCGGCUCCGACGCGUCCGGCCCGCUGCUCCUAGCCCCUCCGCUGCCCAGAUCCAGUCCCUAUGGCGAGGAACCCGGGCUGCGCCGUCUUCAUUGGUAACUUGGAUGAAAAGGUUCCAGAGAGGGUUUUGUAUGAGAUCCUUGUUCAGGUAGGUCAUGUAGUAGAUCUACACAUACCUCGUGACAAGGAAACUAAUCGGGGCAGAGGAUAUGCUUUUGCUGAAUAUGAAACAGAGGAGAUUGCCCAGUAUGCUGUUAAGCUGUUUUCUGGCCUUGUUCGGCUUCAUAAUAGAACUCUUAGAUUUGCGAUUUCUGGGCAAGACAAGCCUUCUUCAAAUGCCAAUAUGCCUGUAACACCUAAAAUGAACCCUAUACCACUGCGCAAUCCACCUCAACUACUGCGAUCUAGUGAUACUCCUGUGUCACAACACAGAGUGGUAAAUGGUAGGAUCGCAGGCUACGGUGCUCCUCCAAGUCAUUCUAAUGAUUUCCAUGCUCAAGCAUCAAGUGGGGUAGCAAGUAGAGGAUUAAGUGAUGUAUCGGCUGCCUCUGGCUCUCGAGUGAUCAAGCCAUACAUUUCACUUGAUGCUGAGGUGCAACUGCUGUUAUUUCCUGGUAUGGUUUGCUGGUCUUAUUGGCUGUAUGAGGGAAGUUUGGUCCGGAUUGCUCAACUGAUACAUUUAUAUUAUCUACUCCGUAUUGUUGUUAUUUGCGGAGUUAAAAUUUAAUGGUGUCCCUGUAUUACUCUGAGUUCAAGACGGACCAGUAGCAACGUGUACAUGUCAGGAUCUGGCUCGGUUUGCUAAGCCAGCUGAUUUAGCCUUCCUGGCUUCCACAAGCGGUUGUCAAUACAGCUCAGGGGCCAGGGCAUUGCUAUUAGCAGAAUUCAAUGGAUAUUUAGAAGUAGCCAUUGUUGCACUACGCCUGCGGCAAUGAUAAAUUCAGGGGACUGAGGUAUGAGAUAAUGAGAAACUGCAAUAUGUUGUGCAUUCUAGCGAUUUUGAACACUUACAUAUGUCUGAUAUUUCACCUGUUUAUUGCUUAUCCUUUUCUGCAAGCUUUCUUUCUCUAUCUCUUCAUACGUAGCGGGAGCUGCACAAGGUAGCUUCAGUUCCAGAUGUGCCAGAAUAUGUACUCCUAUGGUAACCAAAGACGGUGAGGCAAUUGUUGGAACCGUGCCAAAAUUCCCGGAGGUGUCGAUGCAUCUGGUUGUUGGAGGUGAGCUGAACUUCAUUGAAGCCCUAGUUUGUAAUGGGGUGCCUCAUCGAUUCUCACUAGGAACUGCGACAUUUCUUGUAAAGCUCUUGCUUUCUAAAUAACCGCACACUGCAAUUAUGCUUACUUGUUACUUUUGUUUGGUUGGAAUCGCACAGAAUUUAAUGCUC